GAUGCAUGUAUCACACACUGCAUGAUUUGCAAGUUGGGGAUGAUUUUUAAAUUGCAAUUGUGCCUGAAACCAAAUAAACCACUGUGGCAAACCCCCAACCUUCAGGGUAACCUUGGAGAUUGUUUAUGCACUUGCUUUUACAUUUAGUUAAAAGGCAGUGCAUUAACAGUGCGUUAACACCUUUUGCAAGAGAUAGGAAAUUAAGUACAAGACCAUGUCCAAGCGCGAAGCCAAGGAGGCAACCCUCUGCUGCAGCUACUCAUCCCCACAGGCAGCGCGCAGAUUUAUUUAUCCACAUAUCAUGGCGGUUAUAGCCAUUAGUUUUUUAACACAGGACAGGGCUUCGUCAAAUGAGCAAGUGGAUCUAUGAAUACAUUUU